GUUAGUUUUAUGACUUCCGGUUUAAAUGUAAACAACGUGAUUUUUUUGUAACAUGCAUUGAAAAGUAGAAAUGGCAGUAAUUUGUACUACUCCAACGUUAUGGAUGGGAGAUUUGGAAUCAGACUGGGAUGAAGAAUUUAUAACAAAAGGUUUCCAGAAUAUGGGUAUAACAAUAAGAUCCCUGAAAAUCAUCAAAAACAAAGUUACAGGUUUGCCAGCAGGGUAUUGUUUUGUUGACUUUACAGACAAAGACAAGGCACAAGAAGCUUUAUUAAAAUUAAAUGGAAAGGUGAUACCAGGGACAACUCCAGUCAGAAGAUUUAAACUAAACAGUGCUGGAUAUGGUAAAGACAGUACACCGUUACCAGAGUAUUCCUUGUUUGUUGGAGAAUUAUCAGAUGAUGUUGAUGACUAUGUUUUAUAUCAAGCAUUUGCUAAGAGAUAUAGGUCAUGUAGAUCUGUUAAAAUUGUGACUGACAGUUCAGGACGAAGUAAAGGUUAUGGCUUUAUUAGAUUUACAGAGGAGAACGAUCAACAGAGAGCUCUUAUUGAAAUGCAACAUUUUCCUGGAAUUAGUCGUAGACCAAUAAGAGUUAGUUUAGCUACUCCUAAAAGACCACUGCCACCAGAUGUAUCUGGAGAUGUACAUUACAGUCAUUAUUAUGGUCAUAAUUACCCUUACAGUGCCUCAUAUUACCAGUAUUAUGGAUCCCAUACUGCACCUCAUUCAUCACAUGAUCAUGCACAUCAUGAACCAGCUACUGCAGAAGACGAAAUGGAUACACUAGAAGAACCAGAAUUAGAGAUAGAUGUGUUUAGAUACAAUAAAGACUUUAUGGAACAAAGUGAGGAAGUGUUUGAAGCCAUUGAACUUUCCCGAUGGACACCAUUAGACAGUAUAACUUCCAAGUUACCUCCCCCUAUGUCUAUUUAGAGAUUAUAACAGUUACCUCCCCCUAUAUAUAUUUAGAGAUUAUCACAACUUUGUCAACAUUUAUUGUGUCAUUUAUUCAUAUCUCUACAUUAUGUCAUAAUGUUUAAAUGCAUUUUAGUUCAGAAACAAAUGUAUUAGAUAAACAAACAAUAUUAUGUCUGACUGAAAGGAUUUCAGUUAUAAUACAGAUUGUGUUCAUUGUAUAUCAUAAUUGUCAACUCACUGCCAUUAUUUAUCAUCUGUCAUUGUCUACCAUAAAACUAUAUGAAAAAACUA